AUGGCUGUCCAGGACUUUGAGGCCAUGUGGAUGAUUAGCAGUCGAGCUUUUCUAUUCCAUCUAAUUCAGGCCUUUCCCAGUAUUAUCAACCUCAAAUGGCCCAAUAUGUGCUGGGUGCAAGCCCGGGUGGUGCGGAUCAUCAGCACCAAGAGGCAGAUUGUGUCUGGAAUCAAGUACAUAAUGAAAGUUGAGAUUGGCCGGACAACUUGCCCAAAACCAGCAACUGAUCUCCAGAGCUGUGCUUUCCAUGAUGCGCCGCAGAUGGCUAAGCACACCAUUUGCGACUUCGUAGUGUACACUAUUCCUUGGCUAAACCAAAUUAAACUACUGGACAGUAGCUGCCAAUAAGUCUACUUUGGUUCCAGUGGAGACCAGCAACCAGUUGCUCAGAUUUAAAAAAAGCAAUAACACAAAUUGAGAUGGGCUUUAUCAAUGUCUGUUAACUCAAAUACUUACGUAUGCUUGUGCUAUGCAAGUUAAACUAUGUAACUUUCCUUU